UAUUCAAAAUCCAUCAAACACCCGUUCAACGCUUUUCAAGUCGUCCUCUACAAAUCAGACGGGGUAGGAGUAAGGAGUCGGACGGACCAAACCCAUCAUCACAAUUCAGUGAUUCACAACUACCGCCCCGACCAUUUCUUUGCUUCACUUUCAAACUCUCAAAUUACCCAAAUGCCAUUCAGCCAUUGUUUGUGCUGAGUUUGCAGAUUCCGGUGACCAUGAGGACAGAUGUGUCAUAUCAAGUGCUCAAAGGCCCCGGAAGAAUCUUAAAAAUACUCAUUCACAAACAACCACUCUUGUUUGAAACUGUCAGCAACGAAAACUCGAAAUUAUUAACCCAAAAAUGUAGAAGAAAUGACACUCUGUUUCAAUCUUCUCUGCAAACUUCGCCUUAGGUUUUACGGGUGUAAUGGUUCGGCCAUGGAUUCUUCCUUCUACUUUCUAUUUCUUUUUCUUGUUUUCUUUUCUUCCCUUCUCUUCUUCUCAGCCGAAUCCUCCGCAGAACAUCGAAACUUUCUUUCCGACUCCAACGUUCAAUUCUACGAACGACGUUACCAGUCUGUCGGUAAAUGAGACAUCGUUACCACCGACCCCAGUGAACCCACCCUCGCACUUGCACACGCAAACAGUCGUUAAGGCCAUCGCAAUUACUGCUGCCUGCACUCUUGUUGUUGCCGGGGUCUUCUUCUUUUUCCUUCAAAGAUAUACCAUCAAACGACUUCGCCGCCGUGAUGACCAAAACCAGACGGUUUUUCGUCGCGAUCAAGUUGUGGUUUCCCGUGAUGAUUUCAGGCGAUAUGAUCUUAAAGGGGUGAUUGUUGAUGAGAAUGGAUUGGAUGUGUUGUAUUGGAGGAAGCUUGAGGGUGGACAGAAAAAGAGAAGUUUCCGUAAGGUCAGACAACAGCUCGACGAUGGAGAAGAAGAAUUGGACGCCCGUAAACAAGAGCGACGCAGGAGAACUGAACCAAUUCAGGAAAUUCCUCUGCUUCAUGAGAGCUCUUCAGCUUCCUCUUCGGAAAUUAGGCGGGAAACACGAGAUCCACGUCGAGAAGAGGCUAGCUCACCCAUAUAUGAUUGGAUUCCUCUACACGAAGUGGACAGACCACCGUCGCCAACUCCACCACCAACUCCUCCACUGCUAGCAGCCUCACCUGCGCGACCUCCAGUAUCGACACCCUCGCCUAGACCAAUUCCGGCAUCAGUGCCCCCACCUUCAUUACCACCACCGCCGCCGUCACCACAUCCACUAUCAGCGCGCCCACCUGUGUCAUCAACAUCACCGCCACCACCACCACCUCCUCCUCCCCGUCCUCCACAAAUUUCAGAGGCGAUUCCAGCGAAUAGAAGCCCUGUAGCGCCUCCUCCUUCUCCUCCUCCCGCUCCUCGUCCUUCUCCGCAAACUUCAGAGGCGAUACCAACGAAGAAAAGUCCUGCACCUCCUCCUCCUCCUCGGCCGCAAAAUUCAGAGGCGAUUCCAGCGAAGAAGAGUCCUGCAGCGCCUCCUCCUCCUCCUCCACCAGUACCGCUGAAGAAAACGCCAGCACCACCGGCGCCACCACCUAAGCCGGGAGGUUUUGCUUCAUCGUCCAAAGUUCCUCCUCCGCCAAGAGGGAAAUCGAUCAAAAGUACACGUGCAGAGACUAAAUCAGAAGAGAGCACGAAGGAGAAAAGCUCUAGCCAAGUGAAACUCAAGCCUUUACACUGGGAUAAGGUGGCGGCUAAUGCCGAGCACUCUAUGGUGUGGGACAAGAUGAGUGAAGGCUCAUUCCGGUUUGACGACAAUCUCAUGGAAGCCCUGUUCGGUAGUGUUGCCACCAACCGGAAAUCCCCUGAAAGAACCAGGACGUCAACGGAUCCGAGUAGCUCCAACUCCGGUCAGCCUGCGCGCACCUUCAUCCUCGACCCACGGAAAUCCCAAAACAAAGCGAUAGUGCUUAGAUCUCUCGCCAUUUCUCGCCAAGAGAUCCUUGAUUCCAUCCUUGAGGGUCGUGGCCUUAGUGCUGAUACCCUUGAAAAGCUUACCAAAAUUGCCCCAACUAAAGAAGAAGAAGCCCGUCUACUUGGAUUCAGCGGCAAUCCCAGCAAGCUUGCCGACGCAGAAUCCUUCCUCUUCGACAUCCUCAAAGCUGUUCCCUCCGCCUUUUCUCGUCUCAACGCAAUGCUUUUCAGAUUAAACUACGAACCAGAAAUCCUCCAGUUGAAAGAGUCCUUACAGACGCUUGAAUUGGCUUGCAAGGAGCUACGAGCUCGUGGGCUUUUCUUCAAACUUUUAGAAGCCAUCCUUAAGGCAGGCAAUCUCAUGAAUGCUGGAACAGCAAGAGGGAAUGCCCAGGCGUUCAACCUUAAUUCGCUUCGAAAGCUCUCAGACGUUAAAAGCACAGAUGGCAAGACUACGCUCCUCCACUUUGUUGUGCAAGAAGUAGUUCGGAGCGAAGGGAAACGCUGUGUGAUCAACAGGAAUCACAGCCUCGGCAGAAGUUACAGUCGCAGCAGCAGCAGCAAUGGUAGUGGGAGCUCCGAGGCUUCAGCUGCAAAAGAAGAAAGACAAAGGGAAUAUAUAAUGCAUGGGUUGCCGGUGGUUGGAGGACUAAGCGUUGAGUUUUAUAACGUAAAGAAAUCAGCGGCAAUAGACUACGAUGCCUGCAUCAAAACAUGCUCCGUUCUAACAGCCCGCAUUGUCGAAAUUCGGGAGAUUUUUGAGAGAUGCAGUAUCAACGAGGGAGGUGGGUUUGUGAGGGAGAUGAAAGGGUUCUUGGAUAGAGCUGAAGAAGAGGUUAAGGCGUUGAAAAGGGAACAGACCAGGGUAAUGGAGCUUGUAAAGAGAACAACGGAGUAUUACCAGGCAGGGUAUUCGAAGGACAAAGGGGCUCACCCACUUCAGUUAUUUGUUAUAAUUAAAGAUUUUCUUGCCAUGGUUGAUCAGGCAUGUAUAGACAUUACUCAAGAGUUGCAGAGGAAGAAGAUAGAGAGCUCUCAUACACCAACACAAAUGUCACCCAUAAAGAGGAUUAUGGUGAAAUUUCCACAAUUGCCACCGCACUUCAUGUCUGAUAAAUCUAGGACCUCCUCUUCGAGUUCCACUGAUUCAGAUGAUGACUUCUAAAAUUAUCUACUUAAA